AUGAAUUUGGAAGCACUUUGGCCGAUGGAUUUGCGUUAUACUCUAAGUGCUAUGUGGCAAAUAAUUGCUGGUCUCUGUCGUAGUGCUACCAACUUUAUCAAUGACGCCCUUACAGAGUUUGCUAGUGAGCCACUGAUUAGUUAUGCUGCUUUUACGGAAGCAUAUUUAAACGUUCAGAUUCAAGCAGAACUUGAAGAUGCCUGGCAAUCAGCAAUAGAUCGUUUCGGACGACAUCUUAAUAUCAUUCAAACAAUUGCUCAAAUAGAUGGGUUUAUGACAGGUGUAUCAACAAAUUUUGUCGGUACUAGUGCGAUAACAUCUGCUGAUAUUCCACUUGUUGUAUAUCUUUGGCAGACAGGUUACUUGCUUCCAGGUACAAAUGAAAUCUGUACUUGCAAUAAUGAUCUAUCUUGUCAGAUGCCAGCUGGUGUCUAUCUAUUUAAUCGCACAGAGGCAUUAUCAUUUUAUAAUUUGAAUUGGAUCAUUGCCAAUGUCACAUUUCCGGGAAUUAUGUUCGAUUGUUUACCUUUCCUUUCAACAUUUGCUUCGUCAUUAGCAUGUUUUUACAAUCAAUCUUGCAUCAAUACCAUCCUCAUCGUUUAUUCAAAAACAAUCAAUACAACAGUAUUGAAUGAAGCAACAAACACUCGUUUUCCACCGACAAUGAUUCUCAAAGAAAUAGUAGAACAACUCUUUGUCGAAAAGAUUUUUAAUACGACUUCUUUCAAUGCCUAUUAUGAAAAGUGUGCUCCGAUCUCGUGUACAUACGUGUAUUCUCGUCGAUUCUAUUGGAUCUACGUUGUAACAACAUUGUUGGGCCUGGUUGGAGGACUGAAUAUAGGCUUACGUCUUUUCGUUCCAUAUUUCAUCGAACUUAUAAUGAUUUUGAAACGGAAAUUACUAAAUCGGAACACUGAACCACAAAUCAAAAACUGUAAGAGAAUUACUGUAUGUGAAACUAAUACGUCAUUUUCACUAUUUAGAUACUCCAAUGCGUGCCAAAUUGACAAAAAUUUUGGUGAAGAUCAAAAUAAAAUUAAUUGAGGCAAAUUUGUUCAGUGAUAUUCACAAAGAAGAUCAAGUCAGUAUUCACCAAGGUCGUAUGGCUACUCGAGUGUAUGCGAUACUAUUAAUCGGGGAGAUGGUUAUUCUCGUAUUAUAUACAACUCGGUCAGUACAAACAUUUACUAUAACUAUACAUUCACCAACUCAACAGCACUAUGAAGACUUACAAGAACGCUAUCCAAACACACUAGAAUGCCCGUGCACUAUCAUUUCGAUUCCAUACAAAGAAUUCAUUCAAGUCAUACCUACAUAUCAUCAAGUAUGCUCGAGUGACUUUGUUCAGCCUCGAUGGUAUAAAUCACUGAAAUACCAGUGGGGAAUACCUUUUGGUGACGAUUUCUAUUUACGUGGCGCGUCAUACUUUCGAGCAUUGGCUUUCUUUUGCGAUAUGGCGAAUAAAACUUUUGCUUCUGCAUAUAAUCGAUUUUUGCUCAUUAACUUUGUAAAUGCUCAAGUUCUUUCUCGUGACAUAUUCAUAGUACGAGGAAAAGCAUCACUUGAAGCAUUCCUGGAAAUGACACGCGAUGAAUUUCUCUACGAUAUUCUAUUAGUCAAGAAUAUUCUUCAUGCUGAGCAAUAUGUGAGUGGUUUUGGCACAAACAUAGUGAUUGAAGGACAUUAUUUAGAUCAGCUAUCAACUAACAGAACUCCACUAUUUUACUUAGUUUCUGGAACGUACAAUUCAGGUAAUGAAAAUACUUGUAGCUGCAGGAAGGAUACGGAAUGCGCCAGAGUAUAUGAUUCCAUUUAUUCUGGUUAUCUUCCUUCAGAUAUGUCAUUAAGAUGUUUCAUCGUGGAUACAGUACUGAAAUCAUCACUUGCUUGUUGGUAUAAUGACAGCUGCUUUGAAGCCGUGCAGAGCAACUAUGAGAUCUACUAUGUCACAGCGCAUCAAAAUAUUACUGUGCUCAAUUCUAGUUAUCCCAGUCGAUUUUCACCAAAUACAACUUUUGAAACCAUACUGAACGAAAUGAUGGUGGAAUAUUUCAAUUCGUCUGUGACGUAUGACUCUUACUACACACAAUGUCGUCCAACUUCGUGUACUUACACAUAUGAAGAGCGCUUCAAUCUAAUAUACAUUGUUACAACAAUAAUAGGUGUCUUCGGUGGUCUAAAUAUUAUUCUUCGCUUAUUAAGUAUUGUAAUCGCAAAGUUUCUCAAACGAUUAAAACUCACUCAAAUAAAUUCUUUAGUAACAACAACUAACCAACUAGAACUAAAUGAUCGUAAGUCUAAGAUUCUGUUUUAACUAAAUAAUAAUUAGUAAGCGAAGCGAGUACUGAUCAGAUAGAAACCAAAAGAAACGGUGAAAAUGAACUCAGGGUAUUGUGUACUCAAAAAGGGAGUACAGUCGAGUGUCGGUCAGUUUGUCCCACCGUUUACAUUAUAAGUCUUGAAGAUGAAGACUAACUGGGCUGAAGUUUUGUGAAUACAAUUGUCUUAUCGAUGUCUUGGGAUAGUGCGAUGGUAAGAAUGAUUACUCGAGUUUUGCAUAAGUUAUAGCAAAAAACUGUGAAUAUUGCCUGAGUUUUUUCAUGAACACAUUGACAUAUUCUGGCUUUCAUUAACAAAAUUUUCUCUUGUAAUUGAAAAAAAGGCCUUAUUCUCAAUCCUGAAAGGAUGAGUAUACAAGAUAGAAAUUGCUUUUCUAUUUGUCCACGCUCUGAUAUGUGGAAAAUUGAAAAAUCCCGUUUUUCGACAAGAGAAGUGAUAUUUCGAGGUUUUAUUAAACUUAUGCAAAGAUUUUAUGGGACAAAAAGUUUGAAUCUGAGCUUCAUAAGCUUCUGAUUUCAAUCUUAGGUAUUCUAACUUUAUUUUUAAAUACAUAAAAGAAACUUUUUCGAGAAAUCUUUUAUUGACAAUGGAAAUCACAGAAUCUAAAUGGGUCAUUUUAGAACGUUUAUAAAUGAUUUGAAAAGAAGACAAUUCUCCUACCGACAAGAAUCAUUACUACAUUUGAUAGUGGAAUGUUUCUUUUUAAACCUUGCUUAAAUAUUUUAUCAGAGCAUUAUGUAUUCCACUGACAAGCUAAUCUUGAUUCUGACGAUAAAGUUUGAAGUUGGCGAAUAUUAACUGAAUUAUUCAGUGAAUCUAAAUGCUUGUACAAUAUUGAUAAUAUCUAGCUCCUAAAUGACGUUUUUCUGUUACCCUUCUACUAUUUAAAUGGGUUCGUAAAUAUCUUUACUACGUUUACUAAACUCUAUGAGUAGUGGUACUACUAAUUUCAACAUAAUUCAUAAAAAGAAGAAUAUUUUUUUAGCCAUACAUAACCGAUUGGCUCGACAUUUGAAUAAACUCAUUAACUUAAACUUGUUUGACAGUGGGUCAACCCAGAUCAAUACCAUUCAAUUUGAACGUGUCUCAACACGUCUUUACAUUUUUUUCCUUCUUAUCAGCAUUACAGUGAUUAUUUUAUUUACCGCCCUACCGACAUUGACAAUGAACAAAAGCACUCCGACACCAUCUUUAGAGCAGUACAAAAAAUUGGCUGUUCAAUAUGAAUCCACACUUUAUUGUCCAUGUAGCAUGAUUUCUGUUCCUUAUCAGAAAAUAGUCACAACGAAUGUCACAUAUCAUCAAAUAUGUUCUAGUGACUUUGUGAAGGAUGAAUGGAUAAAAUUCUUGUCUAGUAGCAACUAUUCGACUAUUUUGACGCGAACAGAUUUUUAUGCUAAUGGUGGUGCUUUUUUUCAACUCUUGUCAAUAUUAUGUAACCUAACACACACUAAUGUUCAGAAUUCGAUCGAUAACUUUUUAACUGAACGAUUUCUGAGUGCAGAAGUUACAGCAGAAUUUCAAUUUCUUUCGCAAAUGAAUGGUAUUAUAAGUCAGUUCGAAAAUGACACUAAACGUCGCUUUUCUCAUGCUAUACAACUUGUUGGCGAUUUCGUUCAUGGUAAUACAUUUGUAUCUGGCUAUGCUUUGAAUUGGUACUUUUGGCUGAAUGAGAUAGAAAGUGAGAGAACAGUUCUGACCUCUCCUGUCAUUGUCAACAAUCAGUGCUCAUGCGGAACAAGAAGUGAUUGUGUAGAACCAGAAUUAUUUUCUUCGGUUAUGCCAGAAUGGGCUCUUGGUUGUUCAGUAUUGCAAACAUUGCUUAGAUCGACUUUUGAAGUUUUCUACAAUCAAACAUUGAUUGAUCGUCUAGUGAACAAUUUUUCAAGUAGGAAUCCAAAAAUGCUUGCGACACUGAGCAAUGUGACUGCAAUGAAUAUUUCAUCGAUAAGUCGUUUUCCUCCAAACACUACUAUUCAACAUAUUGUCGAUGCUUUAUUUAUUGAACAAUUGCAUUUUAGUACAUCGUAUACGUCGUUUUAUCAUCAAUGCACUCCGAUCUACUGUCAAUAUACGGAAAAAGUGCACACCAAUGCAUUGUAUGUGGUGUCACGAAUCCUAGGUUUAUAUGGUGGCAUCACUAUCAGUCUUAAAUUUAUUGUUCCAUAUAUUGUUAAAUUACUAUACAAACUGAGGCUCCUCAUUUGCCUCAAUUCCAUAGCGCCAUCACAAUAAGUUGGUGUAUUUCGUUAAGGUGAUUAUGCACCGAACAAUUAAUGCAAAAAUAUUUUAGAACACUUCAACUGAUUUUUCUUUUUCGGCCUCUUUCGCUUAAGACUUGAUAUUUUCUUAUUUUCUAAGCUCAUAUCUAAAUACAAAUUAUAGACUUUAUUGUAUCACAUGUGUUAACUCGAAUCU